AAUCCCGAGUGACGGGUAUCUUCUUUGAUAAACUCAUAAACUCAAACUGUCAACUCCCGUCUAGUAGUUUUCGCUCUCGUAAGCAAAACCAACAAACACCAUGGAUCUCAGCGCCAGUAUCGAUGACUUCACCGUCGACGGCGGAAACUGGCGAUACGCCAUAAGCCGAAUGAGCAUGUCAAUCUGGCCAUCGCGCAUCUCUACACAAGAUCGGCAUCGCCGCAAUGCCCGCCGAUCACUGAAGAUGAAAACGAAACCGAUCACUGGCCGAAUCGAGCGCCCACCACAAAAGACACGGGUCUCUGGGUAUCGACAUGACGAAGCUUUUACCGCCAUCGUAGCAGCAGCCAUGCUUGCCUGCGUACCUCUCCGCCCGCCGCUCGCCCUCAUGGACGCUAGGUUCGCCAAGUACGUCCUGGUGCCGGCUCGACGGUCAGAGAUGGACGACAAAGUGGUUCAGAUGGGCUCCCGGCCGUUGUUUCCGGUUGAGAGUCGGCUACCGAGUGAUCGAGAAGACCCAUGCUCAUUCCGAACACGGUUGAUCGACCCCAUGGCCGACUCCGAAGCCGAUAUGGCGUUCGGGAGCACCGACAUGCUCAACUGCGACGAUCUGGCGUUUGAUGACGUCCAAUGCAUCUCGGUCGGUCGGUCAACUAGGAAAUUCAAGGCCGUAUCCGGAACGGCAACUCCGCAGAGGGACUAUCAUGCCCAGGCCAACGAAGACCACGAUGACAAGAACAACACCAACAGCGACAUGGAAACCAUGAACAUGCCCUUCUGGAACCUCCCGAGGCGCCAGAAACAGCACAUCUUCCGCGGGGGAGACACGAUCCCGGACGACAUGUCCAUCAUCUCGGAUGCGUCGCUGAUCCCGACCUACUACCCGAGCGACAUCAUGAAACAGCAGCAACAGCAGCCACAGCGGUCCCCGCACCGGACCCUCAUCAAGCAACUCUUCCGCGCAAAGGCCAGGGCGGCGAAACAGACGGUGCGGCAGCUGAAGCGGUCGUGUCGCGACGCCGUCGGGCACGUCUUUGUCGACCCCGCGAGCCACAGGGGCCCCAAAUGCGUCGCCGUUGGUUCGGUGUAUUGAGGAAGCCGGGGAAAACCAACUGGAAUACAUCGGCGGGUUAUCCGCCGGCUAGCAUCAUGUGUUGCGCAUUCUUGGUUUCGGAACAACGGGCGUGUCAGACGUUGCCAGAACAUGACUUGUCCCCA